GUGUGUAGCUCCUUCAGAGUGAGGGUAAUUCGGGUGUUCUUCACUUUGUAAAAUUGUUUUUUGGGUUUAGGUUUCGAUCGGGGGCUGGAGGAUGCUGAGAGCACUCACAGAGGCAGGGAAGUCUGUGUGAGUGUGAGUAGGGGAGGAUCCUCUUUCUCUUAAAGCCGGGUCAGCAACACAAAGAUCAGCAGAGCUGAGAGUGAGAGGCACUGAGGAGGGAACGCACACACUUUUACAUGCACACACACACACAUACUAAGAUAAGUGGCCUUUUGUACACACUCACACAGACAAAAAAACACAGUUGUUGAUCUGUCUGACACGCAGACUCUUCGCUGGACUCUGGACCAUUUGAGAAUAUUCCCCAGGACUCUGUUUCCCAUCAUGCACCUGCGGGGACUCUCAGCGCUGCAGGGGGUCAGUACCCAGAGAGGGACCACGACCCCAUGGACCACCCAGGAUGGAGCUUCAUGCAGCUCCAGAGAGAGGACAGGUUCCAGCGGCCACUGCAGCCCACUGAGGAGAGCUCCUCUCUGGGUAUGGCUGCUGCUGGGGGCUUUGGUGGUUCCUGGAGCCUGGAGCUUUCUGAACGAGGAGCAGGAGGAGCUGCUGGUGGAGCUUCACAACUACUUCAGAGGACAGGUUUCACCCAGCGCCUCGGCCAUGUUGCCUCUGAAAUGGGAUCCAAACCUGAAGCUGGUGGCAGAGGGCUACGCUGCUAAAUGCAUCUGGAACCACAACCCAGAACUGGAAGAUACUGGAGAGAAUCUUUACGCUGGCACCGGGCCUCUGGACCUCCGAACGGCUCUGGAGAAAUGGUUCCUGGAACGCCUGGACUACGACUUCCAGAACAACAGCUGUGACGAAGAUAAGAUGUGUGGACACUACACGCAGAUGGUGUGGGCAGACACACACAGAGUGGGCUGUGCCUUCCAUCUCUGUGACACUAUGGAGGGACUGGAUUGGGAUAGAGUCUCCUUCCUCGUCUGUAACUACUACCCAGCAGGGAACUAUGAAGGAGUGCGGCCGUAUGUUGAAGGCGAUUGGUGCUCCGGAUGCCCCGAAAACCUCCAGAAAUGUGAAAACAGUCUCUGUGUUCCCGACACAGUAGAAGAAGAGGAUGAAGAUGACGAUGAUGAUGAUGUGACAGCUGAUCCCAUGCCCACAACAGGAGAAUCCCGUCCUGAUGCAAAAACUUAUCCCUUCCAACCUACAAAGGAUGAUGUUCUUCCUACAACACCUGACUUCCCAGUGCAGUCUACCACCGCUGACGGCAUUCCCAGUGUUCCCACUGUGCACUUUGCAUCGAGCUCUGAAGAUACACCACGUCCACACACCACAGCUGAGGCCACCAAACCUCCAUCUGCCCCCCCAACAACACUCGUUACACUGAUAAACAAGAUCAGUCCUGAUACGAGGGAGGAGGAGAAGGAGCAGGAGAAAGAGGAAGAGGAGAAACUAAAUGAAACGCCACAUAAAGAGGAGAAAGAUGUGAAGAGAGUCAUUGGAAGUAUAAUAAAUAAGGACAGUAGCGCUGUGCAGAACAGUGCUGGUUCGAUGUCCUCGCCUUCAGUCCUGCUAGCCUGUCUGACUGGGAUCCUGAUUGUCAGGCUGUGAGUAGAAGAAGAGGAAGCGUUCUCCUCCCUUCACCAUACUUGACUGCACAUGGCCUUGUUAACCCUUCCCACCGUUUCCCCUCUCUGCCUUGUUGAGUAAAAUAGGUCAAUUUAUAAAUCAGCCUCACCAUAACACAGCUGCCAUUUCUGCCACAUCUGCAUCAAGUCUGGACUGAGAUUUGGGUCAAACAAUGUGUGCAUAACCUGCUUCAACCUGCCUGGAAAACUAAAGUCUUACAGCCAGUAAACUACCGUUCACUGACAGGAAAUAUGAUGUUUUCCAAACCAGCUUCAGAGCACUCUGUGAAAUAGUUAAAAAAAGAUUAAUCUAUUGGUUAAUGGACACAGUCACAGUUUCUGUUGCAGUUUCAUUUGUGGUUUGGGUAAGUCUCAAAGGAUAAGAUUUUGGGAUCAAGAGGAGGUUUCCUUUUGUACUUUUACUCAUCACACCUGAGCAGGUUUUGAUUACCUGCAGGUUCACAGUCUCUGUGGAGAUCAAUGCAUCGGAUAACUGCUGACUAUGCAAUUGUCAGUUUUUAAUUUUCAGUUUUCAAUAGUUAUAGACAUGUACAAACAUCGACCAGUGGAUGGAAAUAGCAGAAAUUGCUGCUGAAAUUUCUACGUACACAGGAAACCCUGAAAACUUAGCAGGUGCCCCAAAACGGCCGCAAAGUAGCUCGAUAAUUGACAGAAAAUAAAAAAUCAUAAAACAAGUCACAUUUUCUGCCCAUCCUCAUGUUUAAUUUAAUUCAGUCUUAGAAUAACAGCCUAUGUGCUAAAAACAAUGUAGGAUUUUAUUUCCUUUUUGGAAGGCCUGUCCACAUAUCUGCUAACCCCCCCAAACGUCGGCCUUUAGGCUAAAUUGGGUACAAAUAGACUGGUGUAAAAUGUUAACCACAGGUUAGGUAGUGCCAGCUUCAUGCCAGUUUCUCUUAAACAAAUAUGUGGUUUCUGACGCAAUAUAAACUUCUUAAUUACAUAAUGAGUUAUUUAUAAGUUGUAUCGUGAAAGAAGGGAAAUCCAUGUCCCUGUAUGUGAACAAGUUGUUUUCCUCACCGCUUCAGAGAGGAUUGAGGAUAUUUUUCACUUACAUCAGAUUCAAAUGUGUCCAUCAGAACUUUUAUCAGGUAGGAGUCUGAGAGGAGUGUCUAAACAUGGUUAGCCUAUAGCUUAGCAUAAAGACUGGAAGCUGUCUCCAGAUUUGAUGACAUCAUCAGAACCAUCUGUUACACAGAUUAAAUAACCUGUGCUUAAUUUAAUGAAUAAUUUGAAUACCUGCAGCAGCUGUUUUGGACCCAUUUCUGUCUCAUUUUAUGUCCCCGUGUUUUAAGCCUAAUUCAACCUUCACAGAAACACAGUAAAUGGUUUAAACUGUGCUGAUAAAUUCAUGAGUAGAAAUGACUUCAUCCGACGCCCUGAGAAUGUAGGACACUGAAUAUGUAAUUAUUUAGACUUUGUUUUAAACUUACUAAAAUGAAGUGUAAAUAUUUAUUGUCAAAAUAUUAAUUGUAAUAAAGUUUCACCAACCUGUUUGUAACUUUAUCAGUUUCUAUCUUUACAUGUAAAAAUGUCCAGGAUGUAAAAUGCCGACCCGUCUAAAUAAAGAUAAAAGCAGGAUUGAAGAUUGUCAUUAAUGAAACCUGCGUUUCCAAUCAGAUCAUAAAAAUGUCUUAAGUUAUUAAACAGUUUAAUAGAUGGAAAAUUGUGGAAGAAACUCCUGGUAAAUAACUAAAUUGUAUAACCGUCACACCUGGUUUACAGGUCAAAACCCCAAACGUUUGUUUUCCUCUACUUCCAGUCUUUGUGCUAAUAAGUUAAUCAUAUCUCUUGUCUUACUUUGAGCUGCUGGUUAACUCUUGGCAGAAACUCUGAUAUGUGAAAUAGCGAGAAGCAUUUUCAUGCACUUACAUCAGGUUCACUCUUGAACUAAAAAACUGAAUUUGCUGCACAUCUUUGAUGUUUUGUUGCUACUACACCAUCAAAACUGUGGAAAGUCCUAAUGAUCUUAUUUUAUGCACAAAAAUGUGUAAGGAAGUGAAAUACCAAAAAAUAUAUAUCUGAACAUUAUUUUACUUACAUUUUUUUCAUUUGGAGUUUGAGCUCCGUCAGAUAUUUACAGCAGUGCUGUGCUUCCUCUGCACUGAAAACCAAACAGCACUGCAGUGCUGCAGAGGAGCUGCUCACAAACUGAACCCCCGCUGAGAUCACCUCUUUGUUUGAUGAAAACAAACAUGAUGAAAGUGGUGUGCAUCAGUAUCAUCAAGUGAAAGCUAACAGAGUGGGAGACAUUUUGUUUUACAGGGAUUUUAGUGUUGUAGUCGGUUUGCAGGAGAAAUAAUCACUGAGUGUGUUUGUUGUGUUUCAAACUGACGACCCUGCUUCUUCUUUUUCACCGCUACAUGUCUACUGUACAGCGUAUUCUCUCUCAGACUGGAACUACAACUGGACAACAUCUAACAACUGACAUAUCUCUGCUACGCUGUCUUAGAAGGAAAAUUACCAUAAUUAUCCUAAAUAACUUUAGCAAAGGUGGCUGUAAAUGUCUGUAUAUAAGAUAAAUAAAAAAACCUACCUUACUUCCUUUA